CCCGCCCGUCCCGCCUGCCGGUGCCGCCGUGCCCAUGGAGGCCGCCGGCGAGGCCGAGGCGCGGCUGCUGCUGCUGCAGGAGGCCCGGGAGAGCAUCGAGGCGGCGCGGAGCUACCGCCGGGAGCUGCAGCAGCGCCUGCGGGGGCUGCACCAGGCGCGGCAGCAGAUCAAAGAGAGUGCAACACUGACCAGGGAUGUGCUGGAGCAACAUUUUAACGAUUUGAAAGGGACACUGAAGAAGCUGCUGGAUGAGAGGCUGCUGUCCCUGCUGCAGGAGGUGGAUGUCAUAGAGCAGGAGAGCAUCAAGCCCUUGGAUGAGUGCCAGAAGCUGAUCGAGCACGGGGUGAGCACAGCCGAUGAUCUGCUCCGGGAAGGGGAGAGUGCAGUCGAUGGAGAUGUGGGACAACAGAAUGAGAAACUUUGCAACUUUACAAAAAAAGCUUUACACAUCCAGCUAGAUAGCUUACCAGAAGUGCCCUCCUUGGUUGAUGUGCCUUGUCUGUCUGCCCAGCUGGAUGACUGCCUCCUUACCAUACUGAAAAAUCAGAUAUUCAGACAUGGAACUGUGGCAUCUCGCCCACCUGUGCAGCUGGAGGAGUUUGUGGAAAAGCCUGGGGGUAUUUUAGUCCGCUGGUGUAAGGUGGACGAGGACUUCACCCCCCAGGAUUACCGGCUGCAGUUCCGCAAGGGCACCGCCAGCCCCUUCGAGGACGUGUACGUGGGCUCGGAGACGGAGUUCAUGGUGCUGCACCUCGACCCCAACGUGGAUUACCAGUUCCGGGUGUGCGCCCGCGGGGACGGGCGGCAGGAGUGGAGCCCCUGGAGUGUCCCCCAGCUCGGCCGCACCACGCUGGUGCCACACGAGUGGACAGCUGGUUUGGAGGGUUACAGCCUGAGCAGUCGGAGGAACAUCGCGCUUCGGAAUGAUUCCCAGUCGUGUGGGGUCCUCUACUCGAAAGCUCCCACCUAUUUCUGUGGGCAAACCUUGACCUUCAGGAUUGAAACCGUGGGUCAGCCAGACCGGCGGGACAGCCUGGGGGUGUGUGUGGAGCAGCAGAACGGCUUUGACUCCCUGCAGCGGGACAAAGCCGUGUGCAUCAGCACCAAUGGGGCAGUGUUUGUGAACGGGAAGGAGAUGACAAACCAGCUGCCUGCUGUCACCUCGGGCUCCACCGUGACGUUCGACAUGGAAGUUGUGCAGUUGGGGCCCUGCAGCAACGAGGGAGGAAACUUCAAGCUCCGAGUGACCAUCAGCUCCAACAACAGAGAAGUGGUCUUUGACUGGGUACUUGAUCAGUGCUGUGGCUCUUUGUAUUUUGGGUGUUCAUUUUCAUACCCAGGCUGGAAGGUUUUGGUGUUUUAGCGGUGACUAAAGGGGAUUUUUGUUCUUGCUGUAAAGCGUAACGUUAAAACCUGGGUUUCCAGCUGUUUGACAACAAUCUGGUAACAAAAACCUGUCUUUAUAGUACUUGAACUCCACUAUAUUGUACUUCCUACUGGAUUCAUUUAAACAAUAAUUGUGAAACAUUGGAUUUGUUACUCUGGAAAAAGCCAGAAGCAGGCAUUUGCUUAGGCAAAUUAAUUUAAGCAGUCCAUCAGACUUUCCCUUUCUUCCUCCAGACUUGAUUUGUGUCAGUAUUUCAUUGUACUCUCGUCUCAGGGUACGUGUGUUGUGUAGAGUUAACUUUGUGAGAUGAGCAUUUGGGGGUGGUAGUGGACCAAAGUUGUAUUUAUACCACCCAGAGAGAGCACAGUAUUGAGAGCAGAGUCCUGCUAUGCUUCCCUGUACACGCUGCUGCCUUAGGAGGGAAUGGACAGUGGGCUCUGCCUGCAGCCCUUUCCCCGCACGGUACCGCUCGUCCCUCGGGAGCAGGGACGCUGAGCCAGCCUGUCCAGACAUGGAGCCAGCCUGUUACUGCAUCACUCAAGUGCCUUAUUGUGGUAUUUCUUGAACUGUUGUCUGUGUUGUCACUUGGAAUAUGUUUUCUAGAGUAGCUGCAUGGUGAUGCUCACAUUGCCUCAGCCAGAUCAAGUCCCGGAGCGGGGCGUGAUCCUGAUCUGCUCUGAAAGUCUUCCCCACUUACAAUUCCUGUGCAGCCUCUGCCCCAGCAAGUGUCAGGGGUUUGGUACCUGGGCUUGAUGUGUGGAUUGGCAGCUGUGAUUCCUCAGAGCCCUCCUGACACUCAGCACUUCUCUCUACUGUCCAGCUACAGAGACGAUGGCAGUGCCUGUUCUGAUGGGAGGGAUUCCUGGCAAUCCCAAAUUGCUGCCUGGGAAUGCCCAGUCACGGGCAGGAGUGCAGGUGUGUGCUCCAAGCUGGGACUGCUGCUGGAGAUCCACCUGACAUAAGGGGCAGGGGCUUCAGACAGACCCCACCUGCAGAGAGAACUGAACAGAGGGUGGUAAUUCAGCUGUCCCCUCCGGGAGUAGGGUGGGAUAAGGAAUUAGUAUGAGAUAAAUGACUUUGAGUUCAGAAAUUACAUAAAGUUACACCUGUUUCCUCCAAGGAGCAACUAAGAUUGAGAAUGAGCUUAUCAAAGAGCCUGUUCCUGGUCAAAAGACUGCAGUGUUACUGGAUUUAAAGAUUAUAUUAAAGUAAUACUCACUGAGGGGCUUCUUACCUCAAGUUCAAUUAAAAUUAAAUAUAUUUUAUGUUAGAAUAGCAAUAUUUUUUAUAAAGCCUAGACAAUCAUACUGCCCUUUUUCUUUCAGUGGCACUAUGUUACACCCUCUAUGUUACACCAUAAUAAGCUUAAAGCAUAAAAAGCUUAUUUUACAUUGAAUUAACAUCCCCCAUCCUCACACUGUCAGUACAAAAAGAUCAGCCACCCUGCCUGCAUUUUUCCCCAAGCAUCUGUAGCAGGGUACAAGAAUUUCAGACAAAAAUGGCUGUUGGUGUUUACACCAUUUACAGGAAAAUGUGUGUAGAUUCAGAUGGGUGCAAAGAACCUCAUAUGGCAGAGUUAGGUUGGAAUUUGCUUUAAGACAUGAAGUGAGGAAGACUGGACUCCCUUCAGGUCAGACUAUCCAGUGUUAGCAACAAAAAGCCUGCAGUACUCUUAGUUUUUCAAGCUCAGCUAUUUCAGUGUUAGGGAUUGAGAGGAUACUGGCUUAUCCUGUGCUUUCAGUGUUCCUUUAAUUCCCCUGUGAAGAGUAUUUUCCAGACUUUAUUACUAUAAUAAGGUUUAGUAGAUGAAACAGUGCCAGCCCUGCUCAGAGAGGGUUGGGCUGGGACUCCAGGUAGCAGCAGACUUAGAUCUUGCUCCAUGUAGUAGUGCUGGCAGUUUUACUUACACACUUCAGGUAUCAGGUACUAGUUGGAACUUAGUACUUUUACCACGUGGAAACUAAAAUUGUGAAUAUCCACAUUUGUGAGGUACCGCCAGGUCAGGUACCUUUGCAUCUGCUUUUGGAGGGGCUGUAGAUUUUGCAGGAUAUUUACUUACAUAUUAGAAAAUAAAGCUUAAUCCUUGAAUUCAGGUACUUCCAGAGGUGGCAAGGCCGUGUCAGUUUGUUCAGAACACAAGUAAAAGCAGCUGAAAUGACUGUGAAGGGCCAUGAGAGGCCCCAGCUGCUGCCCUGGAGAGCUGAGGGCGGCUCAGAAGAGUUUUCUGCCUUCAGGCUUUAGCUGGAUGUUGAACAAGGGCAGUUUGCCAGUGGUGGGUUCUUCUGUUGUUGUUCUUGUGGUGGUUUUGUUUUUUAUUUUAACUCAGCGCAAGCCUCACUGUCCAAAUUGCAAAUGAGGUACUUGGAGCCACCUCUUGCAGCCGCACCUUGUGAACGGGGCAGGAGCCAAGAGUCUCAGGGCAAGAGAGCCAGCACUGAAGGAACAAAGCACUCAAGAAGUGGAAGAGGCUUGAACUAAAGGGUGCAAAUCCCGUUCUUCCACAGCAGAGUUCAGCUGGAUGGAAAACUUGACACUUGCUGUACAAUUUGCACCUCUGGCUCUUGGAGCCCUGCGAGCAACAGAGUGUUAACGGCUUAGAAACCCGACCCCAACCGUUGUUUUCCUAAGCUAGUACAGUCACUUACCUCAACUAAGACUUAUGUGUCAAGUGAAAUUUGAAUUUUUUUUUAAAUAAAGUUUUAUCCCUUAACCGUG